GCGGCCCGCCCCCCACCCCGCCGCGACUUCCGCCCGCCCAGCGAGAGGAUGGCGGAGGCGGAGGAGCAGGCGCUCGCCUCGCCUCAGAGCGAUAGCCGGAGCGAGGGCGGGGAGGAGGGCCCGGAGGGCGGAGCCGCAAUGGCCGCUGCGGACCCGGCUCCCCCGCCAGCCGGCUCGCCGGGCGCCGAGGAGCCCGCCGGCGACGCGAAAAAGAAAAUUGACGUGCUGCUGAAGGCCGUGGGCGACACCCCCAUCAUGAAGACCAAGAAGUGGGCCGUGGAGCGGACCCGCACCAUCCAGGGCCUCGUUGACUUCAUCAAGAAGUUCCUCAAGCUGAUGGCCUCCGAGCAGCUGUUCAUAUAUGUAAACCAGUCCUUUGCUCCGUCUCCAGACCAAGAAGUUGGGACCCUCUACGAGUGUUUUGGAAGUGAUGGCAAACUUGUACUGCAUUAUUGCAAAACUCAGGCAUGGGGAUGAAUGACAAUCAAUACAGUUGUUUAGGUGUUGCCUUCAAAAAUGGAAAAGGGACUAAUUUUGUUAACCUGUAAACACACAGAAAGAAGGAUUUUUGCAUUUCUGCUUAUGACUGUACAUUUAUAACAAUUAUGUAGAUAAAUAACAUAAAAAAAGAGCAACCUAGGCUAUCUGAUCAUAUAGCUUUUUUCUGAUGUACAUCUGAGGUACAGAAAAAAAAUCUGCAUAUGCCAUCUAAGAGUAGAGCCAGCUCUCUUGCUGCCGAGUCCUCAAUUGCUGUAUCUAAAGGGAAACUGUAUCAUGCUUCUCUGGAGGACUGACUGGAUGGCUCUGUUACCCUAUAUGCAAUACUGAAGAUAAAAGUUCCUUUUUAUUGAUCUUGAAAAUCUAUUAUGCCAUUUCAAGGCGGUAUUUUGAAUUUUUUUUUUCUCAUAAUUAAUAUGUAGGUAUUAGUAUAUAGUCUAAUUACUUCACUCUGUGCCUUCCUCAUAUUGGUAGUAUAUCAUUUAUAUGUUACAACAUAGUCAUAGGCCUCAGAAAUACUUUCCUCCCAUCCAAAUUGUGUAGUGAUUUGUUGAAGGCUCAACACUUCAGCAGUUGCCAAGGUGUUUCUUCUGGCACUGUUUAAUGACUAGCAUCAUUACUUGAAUGUUGCAACUGGCUGUUGCAUCUUCAGUUAAUGAAGAAAUAGACAUGAGGUGCUAAAAACCUACUCUACUACUUUUGGCUGCUGUUUUCAUGUUUCACCAGCUGCAUGUGCCAGCAACAAAAUAGAAUGCACUAUGUAUUCUUUUGCUAAGUUGUAACAUAAUAAGGAAUUUUUUUUUCAUCCUUGGUACCUUGAUUAGGGUACUGAACUUUGCUUUUAUUUAUUGGAAGGUUUCGGUUGUGGGGGUGGCUUUUGUGGAUUUAUUUUAAAUGUUCAUUGUACAAUCUUUGUUUAAGCUAAACUAAAUAAAAUGUUAGCUGUU